AUGCCUACACUCGUCGGAAAGGAGGUCGGACCUCUGGGGUAUGGACUGAUGGGGCUGACCUGGCGAGCAAAGCCUGUUUCUCAGGAGCAGGCCCUCGAGGCUAUGAAAGCAGCGCUGGACAAUGGAAUGAACUUCUGGAACGGCGGCGACUUUUACGGGUCGCCUGAGUAUAACUCUCUCGUACUGUUGGAGCGCUACUUUGCGAAGUAUCCCGACGAUGCCGAUAAGGUUGUGCUUAGCAUCAAGGGUGGGGUGGGCGCUAUAGGCAAGGACCCUGACGGAUCACCGGAGAACACUCGCAGAACUCUCGAUACAUGCAUCGCUCAGCUCAAAGGCCGCAAGAAGAUUGAUAUCUUCGAGUUUGCGCGCCGUGAUCAGAAUGUGCCCAUGAAGACGACUUUCGAUGUUGUCCAGAAAGAGUACAUCGACACGGGAAAGAUCGGUGGUCUCGCGCUCUCAGAGGUCAGAGCCGAGACGAUCCACGAGGCCGUCAAGCUCAUCAAAGUCGUAUCGGUCGAGGUCGAACUUUCGCUAUUCUCAAGACACAUCCUCGAGGACGGCGUAGCGGAGGCGUGCGCGCAGUACGACAUCCCCGUAGUCGCGUACUCGCCGAUCGGGCGCGGGUGGCUCAGCGGCCAGAUCCGCUCGAUCGAGGACGUGCAGCCGCACCUGCGGGCGUGGCCGUGGUUCCAGCCGGGCAACUUCGAGGCCAACCUCGCGCUCGCGCGCCAGGUCGAGGCGCUGGCGACCCGCAAGGGAGUUACGCCGGCGCAGCUGGCGAUCGCGUGGACGAAGCGCCUGUCCACGUGGCGCGAGGGGAAGGGGGCGGUGCCUAAGACGAUUAUUCCGAUCCCCGGGGCUACGACGGUGGAGCGCGUUGUUGAGAACGCGAAGGCGGCGGAGGUGGAGAUCGGGGAUGAGGAGAUGCGGAGUAUUGAUGCGAUGUUGGAUCAGUUCCCGAGGGCUGGGGAGAGGUAUCCUGAUGAUAUACCUACUAACACGUAG